AUCAACGUGCCUUGGGAAGGCUUUCGGCUUUUUAAAUGUCAGCGUGUCGGCGAGAGACGUCACCCCGAUCGUGUCAAACCGGUGGCGUCCUCUUCCUCGCCCGAGCUACUUUACGACCGUUUAAAAUUCUUCUGGCUUAUCGCUACACCUCGCAGCAAGCAGCAGUUGCGGCGUUUUAUAGAGCAAUCUGCCCAUCGCGCCGGCCUCAGGAGCUUCAUCCGCUACGGCUGGCGCUGGAGCUGGAGAGUCGCCGUUUUUGUGACAAUAUUCAACACGGUGAGCACCGGUCUGUCCGUGUACCGCAACAAAACCGCCAUCAGUAAUUUUGCUGCGGCAGGAGCCUUCACAGGAGCCCUUUUCAGAAUGCACUUGGGCCUGCAGGGACUGGCAGGCGGCUUCAUGUUCGGAACAGCGUUUGGGAUCCCUGCAGGGGGCCUCUUAAUGAUAAUGCAGAAGCUUGCUGGUGAGACCUUGCAGGAGAGGAGGCACCGUGAGCGCAGGGAGCUGUAUGAGCAGAAGUUAGCGGAGUGGCAAUCCAGGCUCAGUGUGACUGAAGUCUUAGGCCAAAUGGAAGGCAACGCCCAGGGGGGGCCGGAGACGGAGCAAGCGGGAGAAUCUAGGAGUUACUGAGUCCUCCCCAGAUCUCUGCUGUAAGCAGCUACAAAGUAUUUUGAUUCUGCUUGUAAAAGUCUUCGGUCAAGGCGUCAUGGAAGUCUUCUGUGAACGCAGUUAUAUCCUGUGCCCUUGUGAAAAAGGGUUUUGCUGAAAACAUUGUUCGUGGAUGCGUAUCACUGCACAAGAGCUCGGAAGGGCCAAACCUUUUCCACCUGAGAAGGUAUAAUCGCAGACUCUGCAGACUAGCAAGUGUCAUCUAGGUUUGGCAGGGGGUGAGGACAACCCCAGAGCCUCAUCUAGAACCCAUUUCACUGCUGAAAAUGUCCAAACCACCAGCGAUGUAGAACUGUUCACGGUAAAGGAGCCUAUGCAGGUACCCCGAUUCCACAAGCUAAUUACGCUCUGGUGAAAGCUGCUCUUCAGGUGGCGCCUGAAGAACUUGCUGUCAAAGCGCAACCCGGGCAGCACCAGAGCGAGUGGUGGUUCUCCUCCUCUUGCUGUCCCCCUUCCACAGCUUGAGUUGGCCGGACUGGGACCGAUGCUGUUUUGCCAACAGUGGUUUCUUCAGGCUUUUUUGCAGAAAAACACACUUGGUUCCUGCAGUACUUGGGGUAUUUUGCAGUCAGUGUUGAGGAAGGGUGGAGGAGCUGGGAAUGAUACAGAAAUACCCUGAAAAAGACAUGCUUUGGGUUCCUCAAUAGAAGUGUGGCUGAGGGGGCCACAGAAAGGAUGACUUGUUUCUGGUGGUGAUGGUGGAAGAAUUGGCACCACAGGCAGUUUUAACAAUAAAAAGGCCUCUAAUUUCACGUGAAGGUUGGAAAUUAGGGGAUUAUCUUUGGGGCAGGUGUGGUUCAAGACACUCAAUAAAGCCAUCUAGCAGUGGUGAUUGUGUCCAUAAGCUCUUUAUGUUAGUACAACAGUUGCGCGAGAGAAAUGUAGGUGGGUGUGAUCCCAUGCGAGGAGCUCUGCCUGAGAUCCACCAGCGAGCGAUGAAGGCUGAUGGCGGUGUCAGGCAUUCCACUGGGCAGUAACAGACGAGAGCCAGGAGAGUGCCAGCUCUUCAUUGUUUUGUACCAGAGAUCAACUGUUAAGGCAUAGCUGUUACCUAUGGGUGGGGCUGAAGUUAAUGCACUAAGGGGCUGUGCCCAGAAGGGCCGGGUGGCCCCUCACCAUGUCCUUCAAAGCAGAAGGUCAGAAUUCUUGUCCCCUUUCUUUGUUGGCAUUUUUUUUUUUUCCUCCUAUCAAAGAGAAUUACAUCCAGGCAGGGGGGUUGGGUCUCUUUCCUACAAGAGAAGAGUAGUCAGGUUGUUCUGGUUGAAUGCUUUUCUCUGGUACAGCUGAUUACUGUUGAUGGAAAUAUGAACAGUCGAUUCCACAGGGUAUAUUCCA